ACUCGAGCACCACCAGUCCUGCGGUCCAGUGUCCGGCGCCAGCAGCACCCUUUGCCUCCGCCCCGUGUCACUCCGUGACAACCAUUCACUUGGCCAGUCAGUCCCGCUUCACGCACGCACGCACAGACAUGGGCAACACCGUGGCGCCGUGCAUGUGCCGCAAGGAGGCCGCCGGCACGGCCGCCGUGACGACCAGGGGGAGGCGGCGUCCCAAGAGCUUUGUCACCGGGUUGGUGCCGGCGGCGGGUCCGGAUGCCGCGCCGCCGCCGAGGCGCUUAGCCGUCACGCCGCGCAAGCAUCAGCGGGACGACGUCGAGCUCGAGCAGCAGCAGCAGCAGCAGCAGCAGGACGAAACGACGACGCGGGCGGGGCCGGGGCGUUCGCGUGCUCGUGCUCGUGCGGGAGGAGUCUCGUGGGCGGGCGGCGUCGGUGACGACGACGACGCCGCCGCCGUCGGCAAGCAGGCCUCGGGGGCCGCCGCGGUGGUGACGGUGAAGAUCGUGCUGAAGAGGAAGGACGCGGAGGCGCUGGUGGCGAGGCUGAACGCGCAGAGCGCGCGGGAGCGCAAGGCCAGGAUGGACGAGCUCAAGGGCGAGUUCCGUGCCGGGGACUGCGGCGCGAUGAGCCCGACGCCGUGCCGGGACGCGUGGAAGCCCAGCCUUGCUCCGAUAAAGGAGAACUAUCCCAGUGGUGUGAGUCUGUGAGACUGUGACACACGACUAGUCAGGGUACCGGGAGAUUGCUUAGAAGCAGUAGUAAUUAACUUUGUUAGCUUAGCGUCCUUUUGUUGUUACAGCCUGUGAGACUGUGACACGACUAGUAGGCUGGUUGAUCACCCGGCCAUGUGCUACACGAGCUCUGCAAAGAGGUGGCUUCAAACCAGCACAUCUAUAUAUAUGUUUUCAUUUCAUGGAUCAUUACAAAAACUAUCGGGUUGGACUUUGAUUUUAAA